GUCAUUCCAAAAAAAAUUCCUGGAAAUAAAUCAGACGUUACGCAAAUAGACGAAAAUUUGCUUUUUCGAACGCAACAUUCGUUCAACUGCAACCAAAAUAAAACCUAUUAUGCAUUUUUUUCCUAAACGACGAAAGUGUUAGAAAAAGGUAAUGUAACAAAAUUUUUGGUAAUUGUGGAGUUAUUUCUUGUGAGCGAUAUUAGAUAGAAGACUAGGUGUAGUUUUGUUGUUGUGUUUAUAUCUUUCAAGUUCACUGCUUUUUUUCUUUUUAUCAUAUCUAUCGUUAUCACAAUUGGUUGUUGUGAUAUCAGCAGUGGAUUCGAAGAAAUUAUGUGGUUUAAAACUAGAUCAAAAUUGUGAAAAAGUGUUGUUAAGGCCUUUGUGCAGAGAAUAUUGUGAAUAAACAAAUUCAUGGAUCGGAAUUCAUUACGCCUACUCAGGAUCUAUUAGAAUAGUAAAUUAAGUGAUUUGAAAGGCGUUAUAUUUCUUCGAAACAGACAGAAAUUGUUGAGUUGUAUAAAGUUUCUGUUUUGUAAAAGCGCUUGUUUCAGCAUGUGUUGUAUUUUUAUAUAACAAAAAAAAAAUACAAUGCGAAAUGUUCCUUCAAUAAGUCUAGAAUGUAAUUUUCUUAGACCUCUGGAACUAUGCAAGACGAACAAUACGAAUUGCAAUCCGAGCUGGAAAGAGGAGAAAAUCGAACAGAACCUCUCCAAGGCAAUACAUUCCAAUCGUACCUUCCCGACAAGAAUCGAACAUACAGCUGUUUGCAUUGCCGGGCUCAUUUAGCAAAUCAUUCCGAUCUGAUUUCAAAAUCGUUUCAUGGAAGCCAAGGUCGAGCCUAUUUGUUCAACACAGUCGUUAACGUUUCAUGUGGUAAAGCCGAACAGCGUGUACUUUUAACCGGUUUACACGCAGUAGCUGACAUAUCUUGCCAAUGUUGUCAAACAACUUUAGGCUGGAAAUACGAAGUGGCCUUCGAACCUUCUCAGAAAUAUAAGGAAGGUAAGUAUAUUAUCGAACAGACACAUCUUGUUAAAGACAAUCAUUGGGAAUCGUCAUAA